CACCCAAACACCGCGGCCACAUCACCACCGCCGGUCGCAAAGUUCAUCAUGCAUCCUCGCUGCCAAUUGCUGUCGGGGCACUUGGCCACCGUCCUCCGCGCCCCCCAAACCGCGCAGCGAACCUUCACCACCUCCGCAAGCCUAUACAACAAGAACCCCCUGCAACGGCGGAAGGGCGGCGAUCUCGGCUCCCAUUUGCCCAAGCAUGUUAUCUCGCAGGAUCCUCACAUCCCCGACUAUCCAUAUGGCGACCAUGCGCACUUCAAGCAGGCGAACAAGGGUCUCUACGGCGAGCAAAUGAUUCAGUUUGGCAACAACGUCUCCCGCAAGACUGAGACCAAGACAAGAAGGAAGUGGACACCCAAUGUUUUGUCCAAGAGCUUGUACUCGGUUGCGCUGAAGAAGAGGAUAAAGUUGCGUGUUACCUCAAAUGUGAUGAAGACGAUCGAUCGAGAGGGUGGUCUUGAUGAAUACUUGCUCAAGGACAGUGUCCAGCGCAUCAAGGAGCUAGGACCCACAGGCUGGGCACUGAGAUGGACUUUGAUGCAGAGGCCUGAAGUCAUUGACCGACUGCGCGCCGAAGCCGCUGCAUUGGGGAUCGACCAGGCCACCAUCGAUAAGCAAUGGCCUACACCUGAGAUGCUCUCUCAACAAAAGUAUGCAGACCGCGUCCUGGCUCGUGAGCAGGCUCUUGCUCAGGCAGGAGAGGUCGAAGAUGUUGAACAGGGUAUGUGGGCUGAGGAGGAGGAGGGUGCAGAGGACGAGGUCAACGGCACUGAAGCAACAAUCAAGGACGCGCUGGAAGGUCAAGAGGUGAUCGCCCGCAAGAAGGCGUACGGCGAAUAUGUCUCAGCCACCAUAGCUGCGAAGCGUUACCUGAAAAGAGGGCUAGUCGACAGUGAAGAGGAGGGUUUGAAGCUCGCCUUUGUCCGCCAAACAGAGCGUAUGGACGCACGAUGGAAACUUCACGCCAAGUUUACGGAAAAGACCAAGGAAAUGUUCAGCGCCCAAGACCUCAAGGAGCUCAAGACCCGUCUGAAACUCCCCAACAUGCACAUCAGUCUACUUAGAAAAAUUGCAUACAAUCAACAUCGACGCGCGCAGGCUGAGGCAGCGGGAGGUUGGGAAGCAUGGCGAGAAGUCAAGAAGGCAGCGAACGCGGAGAAGGCUGCUCAAAUAAAGAGCAACAUUGACGCGCUCGGUGGUCCUGAGGCGUUGAAAGCAAGCAGAAAGGCCACAUUCGCAAAGGCAAUUGCAGAAGCCGAGACUGCGUCCACAAACCAGGCACUCGACGAGCAGACGCGGCAGUACCUCGAGAGCGCGAUCAGCAAGGCGGACAUGGCGAUCAAGGCCAAGGCUGCGGGCGGCGCCCAGGAGUACGUUGAGAUGUCAAUCGAGGAGCUUAAGAAAGCGAGCAGUCCAGGUUUGAGUGAGCUGUUCCAGGGUUCGAGUAAGGAGAAGAAUGCUGGGGGUGAUGCGUGGGCGGCGCUGGUCAACUCGAGCAACAAGCCAGCGGAGAGCAGGCCGAACGCGUGAGAAGACUCGUAAGUGUAGGCUUGUUUGUAACACCAUUGUUCAUACUUCUUGUAACUCUACAGCAUUGGGUGGAGUACUUCAAUGCACUAUUCCAGA